AAAUAACACUGCCAAUAAUAAACAAAAAUCACCAACCACGUUUUGACAGUUGUUUAUUUUCUGAAUUUUAAAAUACACCGAAAAUUUUGAUUAAAAAAAAUGGUUAUCGUUAAUUCAUUUAAUCAACCUGAAUCAACAAUUCGUUUACAACAAGCCGAUGUGAGAGCAGUAUUGGAUAAAAAAGAUCUUGGUUUAGGAACGUUAUUUAUUUCUGACAGCACGUUAUCUUGGCAGGAAAAAGAUGAUAAAGGUUUUUCGAUCGAUUUUCCGGAUAUUUCUCUGCAUGCAAUAUCCAGGGAUAGAAAUUUACACCCUCGUGAUUCAAUUUAUAUUAUAGUAGAUUCUCAUUUUUGCCUGCAAGGUGAUGAUGUACAGCCACAAAAUGGAAACGGUGAUGAGGGAGAUAGUGAAGCUUCAGAAGCUGAUAUUUCUGAGUUAAUUUUGGAACCACAAAACCCAUUAACCAUACCAGCUUUAUAUGAAACAUUAAAAAUUUGUCAGGAGUUAAAUCCAGAUCCUGCAGAUGUUGAUGAUGAGGAUGAUGAUGAUCUCUAUGCAGAUGCAGAAAUGGACGAAGAUGAAUAUGUUAUCAGAGAAAAUAGAGGGGCUGGAGAUCAAGAUGUCAAUGAUUUAUCAAGGAGACUGCAAAAUAACUCAGUUAACAUACAGUAUGAUGCAGGUGAUGACAACCAGGAUGAGGAAUAUGAGGAUGCUGAUUAAAACCAAAUGCUUAAUUUAAAAUUUUUGUAUUAAUCUUUAAGUUUUUUAAAAUAAAAUUUUAAUUAUAA